AUGGCGACUUCGUCCUGCCCCCUCAUUUCCCCAGGAACGUUCCCUCUGCUGCUGCAGCAACAGCAGCAGCACCUGCCGCAGCAGCAGCAGCAGCAGCAGCAGCAGCAGGAGCAGCAGCAGCAGCAGCAGCAGCUGGUGACGCGGGAGGCGCUGCAGCAGCACUGCAGCAGCAGCAACUGCUGGGUGUGCGUGUGGGGACUGGUGUUUGACCUGUCUCCUUUGGUGUCUCUCCAGCGCAACGCGCUGGCGCUGCCUUUAAUUGAAAACGCAGGAAGAGACAUUUCGGACUGGUUUUGCUGCUGCAGCAGCAGCAGCAGCAGCAGCAGCAGCAGCAGCAGCAGCGUGCUGCUGCCUGCUGCUGUUGCUGCAGUGCGCAGCGACGCCGCCGAGGUGUACGUACACCCGAGCCGCCCCUUCCUGCACGUCCCCGGGUCGGGGUGUACAGACACCCCGUGGUGGCGCGACCGCCGCUACGUUGUGGGGUGUCUGCUGUCUCCAAGUGUCUCCUUGCAGCUGCUGAGUCCGCUGACGCAGCAGCAGCAGCAGCUGCUGCUGCCGCCCCACACGCCCCUCGCUGUCUCCUUGCUGCAGCAGCUCAGCAGCAGCAACAGACACGCAGCAGCUUAUUGCUUCUCCUUCAAGGGGACAGCUCUCGACCUCUCCCAAACCCCCGCAGCAAACGGGCUGCUGCUCCCCCAGCCCCAAAAGGAGACACCUGCAGCAGCAGCAGCAGCAGCAGCAGCAGCAGCAGCAGCAGCAGCAGAACCAGCAGCAGCAGCAGCAGCAGCAGCGGGGAAGGAGACAGACGACCCCACGCAGGAAGAGACACCCCCCUAUGUCCCCACCAUACUCAUGCACUUCGAGGACGACCUCCUCGCCAUCUAA